UGCGGUGGUUUCGCGGGUCGGAGUCUGCCGGCGCCGCGGCGACGGCGUGUUGGCGAGUCAAUUCUCUUCCGGAUAAGCGUCGCGCCGACGGCCCUAAGCGUCGUGGCGACGACGGCGCGCUGGCUCACGGACGCGGGCGGCGCGCAUCUGCUCGAGGAGGUCCGUGACGAAGGCCGUCAGGUCCUGGGGGUUCGACGGCGGCUCAGUCUCCAUGAUGAUAGCUGUAACGCGUUACGCCGUCACCGCCGCGCGCCGAUUAGUGUGCGCUGUGAUCGGCAGCUUAAUUUGUGCUGUGUCCAACACCCGCGACCGCAAGCU